AUGGGAAGCCAGAAGCGAUUCUCCAGACUCGUCAAGUCCAACGAGGCCAGCACCGGCGGCGCGUCUCCUACCAAGAAGACCGGGGACAAUGAUACCUCCGCCACGUCUCUCGGCAAGAAAGUGGCCGGCGCGAAACGCAAGGCGGCUACCGUUAAACAGGCCCCCAGCAAGAAGGCGAAGGUUAUGAAGAAGGCCGCUGUCGCUGUCGCCGAAGAUCUUGUCAAGAAGAGGCUCGGACCGAAGAAGGAGGAGGAGGAGGACAGUGAACUUUCUGAUGCUGCUGUCCCCGACGAAGAGGAGCAGGAUUUCAAGGAAGAGACCGAGGAGGAAGAGUAG